CUUUGAAUUUUGUAUCUGUGCAUUUGCUUGUUGAAUAGGACAUACAAAUUCGAGGAGCCAGCCGAGACGAGAGCCAGAUAGAGAAUGCAGAAGUAUAUGCGAUUCCACCUGGAUUUCGCAUUGUCUUACGGGGCAUCGAUGUUCAGCAUCACGAUAUAAUCGACGAUAUGAUUUACCCCCAAGAGAUGCAUUAUAAACCAGCAGCGUUGAAAGAUCCGAAUAUGUCUGCGACGGGGAUGAUUGGAUUCAUCAAAGACUCGAAACACCAUAUCGACGACAAGGCUUCAACGUAUAACACAAGAACCGCCUUAUCAAGCCUUUCUGGAGGGUUUGGAACCCAGCUGGAAGCCACGGCAGAGGAGUCAUCGGUGUCCUCGAAGCGAACUUUUUCAAGCAGGCGCACGAUAAAUAGGGAUUCGAGUGAACGACCGCCCUGUCUCGGCUUGAGUCAAGGCUUAUGUCCAACCAGAAAAACUAUUGGUCCCGAAAUUGCCAUCUCGAUCGAAUACUGACAGGAUUAGCGCUAUCAAAUUUCUUCAUUCAUCUGAGUGGACCAAUCGACGCUGGAUUUGGGGAGGAGACAUCUUUCUUGUUCGGACCUGUGUUGAUGGUGACAGAUUUAGGAGGGCUAACAAUUUUCGUAAACCCUACGGAUUGACUCAUCCAAUUAAAAAGAAAAAAGGAUAACAUGCUAGGACGGAUGAGCCUUUUUCUCGGACGGACCUCAAGUAUUGCCUCGAGGAACCCCAGGAAGCUGUUU